AUGCCAUCGCGCAUUCAAAUCCACCACGGCACCUCGACCUCCUCCCCACGACAGGCUCCCAGUACUGUCAACGACGUUGUCAAUGCCCUUCACCGCAAGUUGACUGCAAACCACCUCGAAAUCUCCUCCAACCCACCUUCAAGAAGACCCUCUUUCUCCAUGGAUUCGCUACUCCAUCCCAAGAAAGACAAGAAGCAUGAUGAAGCCAAAGAUGGCGACUCGCGAAAUCAGAAGCGUCUGUCGCUGGCCGGCCGCCAUGCCAGCAAAUCCAAAGACAGAGUAUCCAGUCACUCUCCAAGAGUCGUGGCCGCUCAGCCGGGCCGAUUUGAAAUGGUCAUAGAGUCACCUCCUCUGGUGCUGUAUGGCACUCCUACCACCUCCACUGGUGCAUUGCUCUCGGGUCGGCUGAAGUUGCUCAUCGACGAUCCGACCCGUGAGGUCCGUCUGGAGAAGUUUACCAUGGUGCUACGGGCGACCAUCAUUACCAAGAAGCCUGUGGGCAAAGACUGCAAAGAUUGUAGUGAGAAAAUCGACGAUAUCAAGAAGUGGGAGUUUCUCUCCGAGCCAAAGACCUUUUAUGCAGACGAAGACAACCAAUUCCCUUACUCGUAUCUUUUCCCCGGUCAUCUGCCUGCCUCCACACAGUCCCAGCUGGCCGCAAUCCAGUACUCACUUGUGGCUACGGCAACGACUUCUCACGGCGAGAAGAUUGUCCUGAGUCAUCCACUCACACUUCAGCGAGCGAUCCAGCCCGGCCCUGACAAGUCAAGCAUCCGGAUCUUCCCCCCGACCAAUCUCACUGGUCGCGUUCAGCUACCUCCCAUCGUCCAUCCCAUUGGUGUCUUCCCAGUCACCAUGUCGAUGAGCGGCGUUGUCGAGAAACGAGCCGAAAGUCAGGUUCGAUGGCGGUUGAGGAAGAUGGCUUGGCGGAUUGAAGAGCACUCCAAGGUCAUCUCAACCCCGUGCGCCAAGCACGCUCACAAGGUCAGCGAAGGGAAAUCAAUUUUACAUUCGGAGACAAGAGUGCUGGGGAAUGACGAGUUGAAAGGCGGCUGGAAGACUGAUUUCGACACUAUUGGAGGGGAGAUCAACAUGGAGUUCGAAGCGUCUCUGGCCACCAAAUCGCAUCACAAGGCCAGCUGUGACGUCGAGUCGGCCACAGGGAUUGAAGUCAAGCACAACCUGGUACUUGAAUUGAUCGUCGCCGAAGAAUUUUGCCCGAACAAGAAUCCCUCCUUGGUCACUCCUACCGGCGCCGCGCGUGUGUUAAGAAUGCAGUUCGGCUUGGUUGUCACCGAGCGUGCAGGCAUGGGCAUCAGCUGGGACGAAGAAAUGCCGCCUGUCUACGAAGAUGUUCCUCCAAGUCCACCCGGCUAUGGCAGUUCCGAUAGAAACGACGGAGCAUGGGGCGGCGCUGUUAUGGAAGACUACGACGGCCCGGAGUUGGAAUAUGAAGACCUCGAAACAAUGCACAGUCAUAAUCCCCAUGCGCCGCCAUCACCGCGGACCAGUAACACGGGCCCCCCCAUGCGCGAUCGACCCCACAAUAUGAUGAGAGAUAGUUCCAGCGGCGAGGGACCGUCGAGGCGACUCAGUCCUGUGAGACGACCGCUGGCGGGGUUGACGAAUGAUGAGUUGGGUGCGGAACCACCUCAGUAUGCGCUGCGACCAACAGGCGAGGCUCAGGAUCAGCAAAACAAUGAUCCGGUCGAUGAUUACGGGGAAGGGACUUCGUCGAAUGCGCAUCGGGGAUAA